AUGAGUGCGCUACAAAGGUUGGAGCAACAAGCAAGCAGUUCGGAUGAUCUGAACCGAAGGAUUGAAAGUGCGACAAAGGCGAUCAAGGCACCAGAUGUUUGGAACCCACAAGCCUCGGGAGAGCAUCCACCGGAUUUUACAACCUGGAAACAUCAGUUUCUGAAUUGGCUAGGUUUUGCCGAUUCGCAGUACUCAGAAGCUCUAAGUAUGAUUGAAAGUCUGGGAGCAACGCCGAUCGAUGUUUCGACUCUCACUACAGUGGAGAGAGAACUUUCGACAAAGCUUUACCACAUACUGACUUCGUAUAUGCGGGGAGCAGCAACGCAACUGUCUCGAAAUUGGAGCAGGGAGCGAUGUGGGUAUCGUCUCUAUCAAAGUUUGCUUUGGGAAUACCAACCAGCCACCAAACAACGAGCUCUAACCCUCAGUCAAGCGAUUGGGAUGUUUCCCAACUUCGAUGGGGCCAAGAGCAUGGUGGAGCAGAUUGGUUCACUGGAAAACCUUGUUCGGGAGUACGAGAUCGCUUCAGGAAAGACCUACGAUCGAGAUUUGUUGAUGGGAGUUUUGCUUCGAUGUUCACCGAGGGCGAUUCGAGACCACCUUACUUUGACAAUGCCCGAAGGAACAAACUACAUGUCAGUGAAGCAAGCGAUUCUUUCAUACGAGCAAAGCAGCAAAACUUGGGAUUACCAGACGGUGUUGAAGCAAAAGACCUUGCAGAACACAGCGAGCAGUUCGAAUGCAGAUCAAGGACCAGCACCAAUGGAAGUGGAUGCAGUGUACGAGAAAGGAGGAGGAAAAGGAAACAAAGGCAACAAAGGAAACAAAGGAGGAAAAGGAUCCUACUCGUGGUCAAGCUUUGGAGCAGGAUUUCGCCAAUGGAGAAAAGGUGGACGAGAAGGAAGCUACAAAGGAGGAAAGAAAGGACGAGGCAAAGGUUUCCACAAAGGAGGAAAGAAAGGCGGAAAGAAAGGUGGAAAGCAUGGCAAAGGAGGAAAGAAAGGUGGAGGAAAGAAGUUGGACAGAGAUGUUUGCCGAUUCUGCAAGCAGCGAGGACAUUGGGGAAACGAGUGUCCAAACCGCAAUGUUCGAGAAGUGCAGGCGAGCGAGGCCAGCACCGAGGUACCCCACUCGACAGUCGAGUCUGUUACUCCGUCGCAGAGUGCGAGCCAAUACAGGAUAAGGAGAGUGAGGAACAUUGAUUUCCAUCACAUUGCGAACACACCACCUGACGGCACAGAGCACUAUGAGCUUAGCGAAGUUUCAGAAGAAGAAGGUGAUUGGUUCACCAGAAGGAUAGAGGUGCAAGGACCAGAGUGCUACUACAUCGGGGAUGAGAGUGAGAACAAACAAGAUCAUGAGAGUGAUGAGCUGUAUCAAUGGUAUGAAAACAGAUCGGAACCUCUCAAUGUGCGAAUGGUCCAGUUGGACACAAAGCAACAUGUGGUGAUCUUGGAUUCAGGUUGCAAGACGCACAAGGGGGUGCGAUGCGAGUUGAAGGGGGGCGAGACCUGGGGAGAAGAAACCCAGGCGGGGGAACUUGUAUCUCCCGAUGGUAAGGCACGGGUGCCUGUGGAAUACCAGAGGAAUAGCUUGAGAUUGACAGCGGAAGUUAGAGGAGUCGAGCAAGUCAGGGCAGUCAAGGUGACUUUGGCCUAUGACUUUGGUAAAGUCCCAGAGAAGGAUUGGAGCCUUCUACCGAAUGGAACGCCAGUCCAUCGCCAUUUUGGACUUGAGUUUGUAAAGCCGCCGACAGGUACUUGGAAGUACAGGACCACCAUCGUGAAGGUGGGCAACGAAUGGGAAGUGAUUGAAGCAACGGAAUUGCUCGAGCGAAAAUCCGACUUGGAAGAUCGAAUACCGGGAUUGCUUUUUCGAUCAGAAAUUCUCACAUUCUUGCACAGGACACCAGAGUAUCUGGACAAGUGCUUGGUAGAAGAGGUAGCACCAGAAGAAGCACCAAAGGAGGAAGAAAAGAAGAUGGAAGAGGAGCCAGAAUGGUUUGGAAGAGAAAGAGGAGCUCCAGAAGAGUUGCAGGUGCCAGUGCCGAAAGGAGUUGUGAAGCAGCAAGGAAAGGCAGGAGGACACCAAGAGUUGGAACUCGACAUGGGAAGUACUAUUGUGGUGAAUGGAGAGUCACUCACAGCAACGAGUGAGAUUGAGAAGCUGCGAGAAGGUUGUCGGUAUUUGGGUUUGAGCGUCUCAGGGUCAAAGGUGAAGAUGUUCAGGAGACUGUGCAACUACCUCACCGAAGACAGAGAUGAGGACACAGAAGAAGUUGCAGACAGGCUGAGGAAGCAAAGGCCCAAAGCAAGAACAAGACCCGGAGUGCCCGAACCGACAGAAGCAGAGAUUGAAGAGCAUAUGGCAACCCACAUGCCAAUGCAACCAUGGUGUGAUUUCUGUGCAGCAGCAAAGUCGAAACAGGACCAUACCCCACAAAGCAGUGAAGCAAAGUAUGAAGACCCAGGAAAGCCAGUGAUCCAGAUGGACUUCAUGUACAUGGGUCAGAACAGUGUGAGUCUGAUCAUUCUUGAUUCAUGGACUCGAUUUUCGUGGGCGAUUCCAGUGCCGGGGAAAGCACCGACGAAGAAGUUGGCCGAGAAAGUGGUGAAGUUUUCUCUCGAGAUGAACUACAUUUCCGAAGAAGUUCUGUUUGCGAUUGAUGUGUUCCUGUGGUCCUUCUUCCUGUGGUUCCUGUGGUCCUUCUUCCUGUGGUUCCUGUGGUCCUUCUUCCUGUGGUUCCUGUGGUCCUUCUUCCUGUGGUUCCUGUGGUCCUUCUUCCUGUGGUCUGUGGUUCCUGUGGUCCUUCUUCCUGUGGUUCCUGUCGUCCUUCGUUCACCUUCUGCUCGACCAUGUAGAACAAGAGUAAAGCGAAAAUUCCUCCUAGUAGCACACUGA